UAGGCCUUGCAGGAUGUAGGCCUUGCAGGAUGUAGGCCUUGCAGGAUGUAGGCCUUGCAGGAUGUAGGCCUUGCAGGAUGUAGGCCUUACAGACCUGGAAGGCUGUAGAGGCUGGAAGGAUGUAGACCUUAUAGGAUGUUUCCCUCACCGCACACUGAUCCUCCUCAGCUACUCCUCGUCUGGUGAACCAGACCUUGGAGGAUGUUUCCCAGGACAGUUGCUGCCUUGCCUCCCCGCAGAUCGGAUCGGAUCCCUUUUGCUCCUCGCUGAGCACUGACGGGAGGAUGUUGCCCAGGACAGUUGCUGCCUUGCCUCCCCGCAGAUCGGAUCGGAUCCCUCUUGCUCCUCGCCGUGCACUGAUGAGAGGAUGUUUCCCCUUGACAGUUGCUGCCUUGUUUCCUCGCAGAUCGGACCGGAUCGGAUCCCUCUUGCUCCCCGCCGUGCACUGAUCCUCCUCAGCUCCUCCUCAUCUGGUGAACCUGACCUUCCUCCUCUCGCCUUGGUGAAACGGCCUCCGACCCUCGCUGUUUCAACGCACUCUAUCGACAGUCCCACUGAAGCAUGCCCUUUCCCUGGCGCAAGGGAAAACGCAGAGUUGUUGUUCCAUAUUAACUGGACUGGACUUUUAGUAUUUUUAAACCUGAACUAUUACUUGACACAUUUAACAUUAUUUUAACUAUUUAUUAACGAGGUGUUUUUAAAAGUAAUGUAACAAAAGUCAAUCAUUUUAUACGUUUCUUGGUGUUAUUCUCGCUGUGUUGGUGUGGCAGGCAAUCUGAACCUUUUAGAUAAAUGAGAUGUUAGCAGGCUACUCCAGUCCGUUACACUUACAAAUACUACACCAAAUAUAAAAAACAGAUGUGCUAUACAGUAGGUGCUUUUCUAUUUCAUACUUACUGAAUCCUUAUCCUUAACACUGAAUAUCUUCCGUCUCACGCAGGUCGAAUAUUUAUAUCAACAAAGUCACGUGUGACCUCGGAUGACCCGCAUUUUGUUGAUAUAAAUAUUCGAUCUGCGUAUGCGUGAGAUGGAAGGUAUUCAGUGUUAAGUACUGCCUCUAGUGGUCAUCCAGGAUUCAUAGAACCGUAGUUACAUACGUAACUUCUUUUAUUUGCUCUAAGUAAAUUGGAGUCAGUAAGGUUGACAAGUGAAACGGGUUGUCUGAUUAGUGGCUUAUGUACAAUAGUCACAGGGGAACAGACUUAUUUAAAAGUAAUGCAGAGGAGGGUUAGGUCAGAACAGUUAAAGCUUGACAGAGCUCUGUCACCAGAAAGAGAGAAGAGCACAUCUCCAUAUACAAAAUAAAACCAGUGCUUGUGCUGAGGAUCAGAAAAGGACACCUAUCUACAUAACUCACUGCUUUGUGGACAGUUUUAUAAUGAACUUAUUCAACUCGGCUCUUGGCGAAAACAUCACUUUUGUGAAACCUGCUUAUUUCAUAAUAAGUGGUUUAUCUGGCUCUCCAAAAAUGAAACAUUACUAUGUCUUUCUCUUUUUUGUUUAUGUUGUUUCAGUGCUGGGGAACACAGCUGUGAUGGCUGUAAUAUACUUGGACCAUAAUCUUAGAACUCCAAAAUAUAUUGCAGUUUUUAAUUUAGCAUUUGUGGACCUGUUUGGUAGUUCUGCUUUGGUGCCGAAGAUUCUUGACAUCUUUCUGUUUAACCAUCAGUACAUCCCCUACAGCGACUGCUUGGCUUUCCUUUUUUUCUGCUACACCAGCCUUUCAAUGCAGUCAUUUAAUCUGGUUGCACUCUCCUAUGACAGACUGAUAGCAAUCGUCUUCCCACUGCACUAUCAAGUGAAGGUAACUCACAGGUUCAUGCUGUCUAUGAUUGCCUGUUUCUGGGUCUUUGUUAUAAUUGCUGUACUCAUUUCAGUUGGUCUUCUCACAAGACUUUCCUUCUGUAAGUCUGUGGUUAUUAACAGCUAUUUCUGUGACCAUGGACAGAUAUACCGGCUGGCCUGCAAUGACUAUACACCCUCCCUUAUCAUUGGUGUGUUGUUAGUAGUCGUUAUUCUUUGUUUUCCACUAACAUUUAUCCUGUUUACUUAUUUCUGUAUAAGCUAUGCAUUGUCUAAAGUAGCCACAGUUCAGGAAAGAGUGAAGGCCUUUAAAACGUGCACAGCUCAUCUCUCAUUAGUGGCAAUAUAUUUUAUCCCACUGUUAAUCACAUUUACCCUUAUGGAAAAAAUACAUCCAAAUGCCAGGAUCAUAAACUUGUCUCUCACCUCCGUAUUUCCUCCCAUGUUGAACCCAAUCAUUUAUGUUCUGCAGACACAAGAAAUCAAAGAAUCUGUGAAAAAAAAAUUAAAAAUCAGAAGGAAAUCCAAAGUAACGAUAAAGAGAUCAAUCAUAAUGUGACCAUUUGCCUAUGCUAUACAUUCUCUUAUGCUGUUUUAUUUACAGAGAAUUCGCAAUGUAAAUGGUAGAAUUAUACUUUCUAACAUCACACAAAUGUUUGUAAAUUGAGUAUGAAUUAAUUUCAUUAUCACAACAAAUCCAUAGAUCAAGUAGAUAUUCUGUGGGUGGUGUUAAAAGUAAACAUGUUACUUGUUUUUUU